AUGUCUCGCUCUACUCAACCUGCCAGCGACUACAACAAUAAUCUUGAAAAUCUUGACAAAUUUGACAAGAAUGAGAUGUCUGGAGGCCCCCUGACCAUUGAGUGGACAUCAGAACGGAUAGAUUGUCUCCUGGAUUGGUUGGAACAAAAUGUUCAGAAACGACAUCUGCUCUUCUCUGACUCCCAGGAAGAUGCCAACAAAGAGAGUAGGAAGAAGGGUCAGGCAAAGCCGAGCAAGGUUACGAUACAUGGGGAGAUAGCUCAGUUUGUAUUCAGUGGAGAUAGGGAUCCAAUCAUACACAGCACUCUCAAAGCCAAUCCAGGAAGACUCGAGAAAAAAUACUCUGGUCUUACUUUUGACCAACUAGAAGGGAACCCCGACUACAAAGGACCAAUUGGCAUGAUCACUGCAAAAUUCAAGAUCUUCAACCGUCUGCAUGGAUUUUGGCAGAAAAUCCCCAACUUUAAUUUGUUCACAACAUUGUCAGAUCCAGACCAGGAUUACAAGGCACAGGCAUUUGAUAUGUUGUUCCCAAACAAGCAUAGCCGGAGUUGA